AUGGGGAACCCCAUAAUUGGUGGAGGUUUCUCUCUGCAUAUUGCUGGCUCUACACCUCAAACUUUUGAGAAACCUUCUGAUGUUGAUAUUAAAAAAAAUGCCAGUGUGUUUACAUUUCAGACAAAGCCUUUGAAUUCACAAUGCAAUUCACAUUGUAGGCUGCUACCUAAGAAUUACCAGCAUAUCCUGGCCUUUGUGUUUGCUGUUCAUGAGAUCAACAAGAAUCCAAAGCUCUUACCCAACAUCACUCUGGGUUUUCGCAUCACUGACAACUACUACUUAGGAAGAAUAACCUAUGCAACCACACUGCAGUUGCUGAGUGAACGAGGGAGAUGGGCUCCUAAUUACAACUGUGACAUGCAAGAAAAACUGUGGACCAUCAUUGGGGGACUUGGCUCUGAAACCUCCAUUCAGAUGUCAAAUAUCAUAGGCCUCUACAAGGUAUCACAGCUCAGUUAUGGUUCAUUUGAUCCAGCACUGAGUGAUAAAAACCGGUUCCCUUUCUUUUAUCGGAUGGUCCCAAAUGAAGAACCACAAUAUAAAGGAAUAAUCCAGCUCCUCCUGCAUUUCAAAUGGAAGUGGAUUGGCCUAGUUGCUACAAAUGAUGACGGAGGAGAAACAUUUGUGCGGACUCUGAUGGUGCUGUUCACGGAUCAUGGCAUUUGUGCUGCUUUCACUCAGUGGAUCUCAGUAGCGUUCAGAAGCACUGCGAAAAGUAUUUUUAUGCAGAUGGAUAAAAUAGAGAGUUCUUUCUCAGAAAACAAAGUCAAUGUAAUUGUUGUACAUGGGGACAUACGAAGCUUAAUUAUAUUGUCAGUAUGGCUAGAUUUCCAAGGUGCAAAAGAGAGACAUAUUGGGAAAAUUUGGGUCAUGACUGCCCAGUGGGAUUUUACAGCUGUGAAUUCUCGGGCUGUCUGGUUUCUAAGACCCUUUCAUGGUGCUUUGGCUUUCUCAAUUCACACAAAUGAAGUGCCUGGAUUCCGGGAUUUUCUACAGACUCUGGAUCCACAGCAUCCCAAUAGUGACAUCUUUUUCCAGGACUUUUUCAACUAUGCCAUCGAAAAACUUCAUUACUCUGGUCUAGAAUUCUUAGAUGGAAAGAUCACUUGGACAAAGCUGCUGCAUCUGCUUCCAGGAGCAGUAUUUGAAGUUAGCAUGACAGGUCAAAGCUAUAGCACUUACAAUGCGGUCCAUGUUGUAGCGCACGCUUUAGAUGAAAUGUACUCAUCCAGAAGUAUUCAGAGAAAGUUAGGAAAAAGUGACCUAUGGAAGUUGCAGAAUAUGUCACAAUGGCAGCUUCACCGUCUUCUCAGAACCAUCAGGUUUAACAACAGUGCCGGAGAUGAAGUCUCUUUCAAUGAAAACCAAGACUGGGUGGCUGGAUACGACAUUGUGAAUUGCAUCGUAUUCCCCAAUGAGUCCUUUACUCGAGUGAAAGUUGGAAAGUUGAACCCCCAGAUUUGGAUUGGGCAGGCAUUCUCAAUUAAAGAUGAUAUGAUCACAUGGAACAACUGGUUCAAUCAGACUCAGCCUCAUUCUGUCUGCUCCAAAAGUUGCCUUUUGGGAUAUAGAAAGAAAGAACAGGAGGGCAAGCCAGUUUGCUGCUAUCAGUGCACCCAGUGUCCAGAAGGGAUGGUUUCUAACUGGACAGAUGCAGGUCACUGUGACAAAUGCCCGGAUGACAAGCAUGCCAACCACAAACAGGAUCAAUGCAUUCCCAAAACCAUACACUUCCUUUCCAUCAAUGACACUUUGGGGAUUGUUUCAGUUUUCUCCUCCCUUUGCUUGUCUUUCAUCACAGGUCUGAUAUUGGUAACAUUUGUUAAGUAUCGGGGCACUCCAAUCGUUAAAGCCAACAACCGGGAUAUCACCUACCUUCUCCUCCUCUCCCUCCUGCUCUCUUUCCUCUGCUCAUUGCUCUUUAUGGGACAGCCCAACAAGGUCACCUGCCUUCUCCGACAAACAAUAUUUCUGCUUGUCUUCUCUGUUGCAGUUUCUUCUGUGUUGGCUAAAACCAUCACUGUGAUGCUGGCAUUCGAGGCCACAAAACCAGGAAGCCAGAUGAGGAAAUGGCUAAGGAAGAGGGUCACAAACUCCAUUGUGCUCUUCUGUUCCCUUGGUCAACUUGGAAUCUGUGCUGUCUGGCUAGCAACAAAGCCUCCCUUCCCUGAGUUAGACAUGUACUCCCAAAGCAGAGAGAUCAUAGCCCAGUGUCAUGAGGGCUCUGUCACCAUGUUUUAUUGUGCCCUCAGCUACAUGGGCUUAUUAGCUAUAGCCAGUUUUCUUGUUGCUUUCUUAGCAAGGAAUUUGCCAGACACCUUUAAUGAAGCCAAGUUCAUUUCCUUUAGCAUGUUGGUGUUUUGCAGUGUUUGGGUAUGUUUUGUUCCCACUUACUUGAGCACCAAAGGGAAAUAUAUGGUAGCUGUGGAGAUCUUCUCCAUCUUGGCCUCUGGGGCAGGAUUGCUCAGCUGUAUCUUUUCCCCUAAAUGUUAUAUUAUAAUCCUAAAACCUACUCUUAAUUCUAAAAAACAUGUUAUUUUGAAACAGAGUUAA